AUGACAAUCCCCUCCUGUUGUUUCUGGAUGAUGAAGACAAACAUGAAGGAGAUGAUGAAGCUGCUUACAGUCCGGAUGUGCACGCUCCCUCCAGAACCUCCAGAACCCGUGAUCCCCUCCAAAAAGCCCUUUAAGGUGGACGUAAUUGGAGGGAAGCGCUACUCCUGGUGCAGCUGUGGACACAGCCGGAAGCAGCCAUUUUGUGACGGGGCCCACCGGUCUCAGGCCCCCGGUUUGUCCCCUCUGCGCUUCGUCCCGGAGCGGGACGCCACUCUGUGGCUGUGCGGCUGCAAACGCACCCGCACCCCCCCCCACUGCGACGGCUCGCACAAGCUGGACCUCGUGGUGUCGGCCGCCCUGCACCGGCCGGCCGAAGACGCCUGA